AUGGGUAGGAUUCAUCCAGGUGAGAGAAAGAGUACUGGAUCUGCGGAAAGCGCGAAUGCGAGCGGCGGGGAUCGUCUCCCCUCGACGUGGACGGUGUGGAAGAAAUCGAGCAUGGGUUUCCAGGGAACGGACGGCUUCUCGGUUUACGACAGCGACGGAAGAUUGGCUUUCAGGGUAGACAACUAUUCGAGGCGGCGAAAGUGCUUCGCGGGGGAGCUUCUGCUCAUGGAUGGCGACGGGAGGGCUAUUAUGUCUCUGAGGCCCCAGCUGAUGAGCAUGCAUGAUCAGUGGAACGGAUACAGAGCAGAAGAUGGCUUCGCGGAGAAGCAGAAGAUGGCUUCGCCGCUGCAGCUUUUCGCCAUGCGACGGUGCGCGAUUCUGCAGAGCGGCGACGCCGCGGAGGUGUUCAUGGGGUGGCCAGAUGGCCGUCAGAAAGUGCUUCUUCCUCCGAAGCCGAGUUUCCGCGUGGAGGGGUGCUUCUGGCGAAGAAGCUGCAAGAUUUUAGGGAGAGACGGCGAGGAAGCGGCGCGAAUAUGCCGAAAGAAGGCGGCCGCCGCUACGGGAGGCGGUUCUGCGACGGCGGCGGCCGCGGUGGCGCUGCUCGGAGACGACGUUUUCAGCCUGGUGGUUCAGCCGGGGGUCGACUGCAGGCUGAUUAUGGCUUUUGUGGUUGUUAUGGAUCGCAUCUGCAAGAAGAAGCCGUCUGGUGCUCCAGUAAUGUGUUCUUGA